GAGCGAUGGUGCUCGGAGCGUCCGGACUCGACGCCGUCUCGGGAUUAACGGAGGAGCGGAUGAAAUGCCGGGGAACAUGAGCAAAGAGGACGCCCCGAGUCGGAGCGCUUCUUUGACUUUCACUAUCGAUAAUAUCCUCAACCUGAAGCAGCGGGACGGAGGAGGAGGAGGAGGCGGCGGAGGCUCGGAGCGCAGGGACGGGGGAUGUAAGAGUGAGUUUCAAGCACGGGGUGAGGAGGCGUGGGACGUCCGGAGGAGGCAGGACAGCGGUUCAGAAGAAGCAGGUAACUCGGAAUUCACAAAGUCAAAUAAGAGGUGCAAAAUUGUCGCAACAAAAACUAUUAAGUGGGAAAAGAAGAGGUGGAGGGAUGCGUAAAAGCUGCACGCUGGGGAAAUCGCGCACGAGUUUUAGUGAUUUAUCUGUUUUUAGUGGAGUUUCUGUGCAUGCUGUGCAAGCAGUAUAGUCUAAAAGUUUACAGUUUCUGCAUGAAGACAAGCUUUCUCGCUUCAUUCGCAGCGCAAAAGAAACCCAGACACGGGGGGAAAACUCCACCGCUGUCCGAUGGCGUCAGUCCCGGGACGCAGAGAGCUCACAGCGCGGAGGACGCAUCCGAGCAGGAGCAGCAGGAGCAGCAGCAGCAGCAGGCCAGCCCGGACACUAAAGCCAUGGUGAAGAAGAAAACGCGCACCAUCUUCUCCAAGCGGCAGAUCUUCCAGCUGGAGGCCACCUUCGACAUGAAGCGCUACCUGAGCAGCUCGGAGAGAGCGUGCCUGGCGAGCUCCCUGCAGCUCACCGAGACCCAGGUGAAGAUCUGGUUCCAGAACCGCAGGAACAAGCUGAAGAGGCAGCUGUCCACGGACAUGGAGGCCCCGCUGGCUGCGGAACAGCUGUCGGAGGCGGCGAAAAACGUGCAAUUACCGACUUUUUACAAAGACAGCAGCGGCGGCGGCGGCGUGCUGGGCGGAUGUUUGUUACCCAUGCCUUUCCCCGUGAUGUACCCGGCUGCCAACAGCGCACCGUACAUCUACUUCUCCAACACUGGCAAAUACUUCGGCCUGUUUGACGCAGACUGACGGUUUGCUCUGUCUGGGAACACAGUGAGG